GGCCGCUUGGCGCGUGUGAAUAAUCCCGGUUUCUGGGUUUCUACGCUGUUCCAGAGGAAAUGCUGCUCCUUCGGACCCUGGCGCCGUGGCUGCUGCUCGCCUGCUUCGCCCAGCGACUCUCCGUGGCCGCCGGUGCGCGGCAGAAGGGGCGCCAAGGCAAGGCGCCGGCAGAGCCCGGCAGGGCGCAGGGGGGCGGGGACGCCGCCGCCGCUGCUGCCGCCGGCAAGGGCCGAUUCUCCACCGACAGCACGCGGUGCGCAUGGUCGGCCAGACAGGACGGCGACGCGGUGAAGCUGCGAAUCGGCUGCCAAAGCCUGGAGGCUCGUGACACGGCAGGAGCCGCCGAUUUCCGCUGCGAGUACGCCGCCGUGCCCGCGGGCUGCCCGGGCUACCGGUCCGAUCCCGGCAGAUACUGGAAACAGGUGGCGCGCGCGCUGAAGAAGAUGCAGAGGAAACUGUGCAGGGACGAGCGCGCGCUGAUCAAGACCGGCAUGUGUAAGCGCGCGCCCGCGGCCGCGCACUUCAAACUGAUCACCGGCACCGCUUCCGCCACCGCCGCCCCCACCGCCGCCCGCGAGUCGGUGAGACCGACGCCCGGCAGCUCCUGCACGGAGCACGUUGACCAACGCCAACUGGCUCAGGAGUACUGCGGCAGCUCGUGGGCCAGUCUCUGCUCAUUCUUCUUCGCCAUGGUCCAGAGCGGGGACUGCUGA